AUGUCGGACACGGAUUCCAUCAAAACCGAUAAAUCGCAAUCAGAUCUGCAGCAGAAGUAUGAUAAAUUGGCCAUGGAGUUUGCCAAAGCCAGAAUGCAAUUGAAUGUAUUGAAAAAAGCUUAUACUGCAAAAACUUCAAAAUUGGAUCAAAGGAGUAUUGAAUCUCUGGACCAAUUUGAAAGCUGUAAAUAUGAUACAAUGUCGACAAGUAGUUCGGAAAUUCAAGAGAAUUUUAACAAAACAAGUCAAGUAAAUUCUAAAGUUAAAGGAGCAGAUGAUUUUAAAUCCAAAGAUGUUCAGUUCUUGAGACAAGAUAUCAACUCAAUGCACCAAUAUAUACAACGUGUAUUAGACUCUACAAAUUCAAAUCAGCUUGAUUACAACCUCAUUAUGUCAGAAAUUGAGCACUGCAAAGGCAUACAAAAUAGUUGUCCAAAUAAUUUUUGUGAAGUACUCAAUGAAGAAUUAACAGCAUUAAAAUGUUCUGUUACUGCUUGCUUGUACAAUAUAUUAUAUAAUAAACUCGAGUCUAGAACUAAAAUAAGCACUGAAGAUUCUCGCCUCAUUUAUCCUAAUCAUUAUUGUUUGGACAAUAACUAUAAAUCUGACGAAGACAGAUUACAAAAAGUUUUUGUUGCAUUGGUUCUCCAUUUUUUUCUUUCUUUUAUAAUAAAUCUUAAUGAUGUCUUGGAAGAUUUGCUCAAAGAUAUUAACCCAAAAGAUGCUUUCCGUGUCUUACAAAAAAGUAUUAAACCAUUGACAAAUAAAUUACAUAGUAAUUCUCUGGUAUUGGAAAAAAUUCUAAAUUACAGUGCUGAUUUAAAAACAUUUAAAUUUGAUUCUCAACACAUUGUUAUGGAAAAUAUUUUGCUAUUCAUAUCAAAUAAAUAUAUUGAAUGUGUUAAUUCUAUUAAAGAAUUCAUAAAAUCAGAUAAUACUGUUAACAUUGAUUGUUCAGCUUUGCGUCAAAACAUAAUAUCGUUUAUGGCAUUAAAGUUUCCUAUUGGAGAGUUAGUGAACUCUGGUGAAUAUUUGGAUUCUACCAAUAUAACAAAAAAAUUGGAUGGUGCUUAUGAUACAGUACAUACUCUGUUACGGGCCAUAAAUAUAUUGGAGUUUGAAUAUUUAUAUAAAUAUAGCCAAGUGGAUAUGCACUGGCAUAUGAGAAAUCCACUGUUGCACGUAAAACAUUCAAAACAAGCUAAAGAGGAAUUAAAUUCAGCAUCAAUUUCUCAAAAUAGCUAUAAAAGUAUUAUACAUGUUUAUAACGAAAAAUUAAAUGAAGAGAUGAACAGGUCAUUAUCAUUAGAACAAGAAAAAAUCCACUGGGAAAAUGAAUAUAAACUUUUAUGUAAAAACAAGGAAAGUAUACCAUAUAAAGACAAAUAUUCUGCAAGUUUGGGGGCAUUUUCAGUGGAAAAUGAAUUGGGAAAAUGUGAGUCUGGUUUUCAGUUUAAUGAUGGAGUAAUGGAGAGAGAAAAAGAACUCAAAUGUUAUUUUGAAAAGAAAAUUAACAAUUUGAUUUCCACGAAUAAAGAAUUAUCCAGCCAAAGCAAUGCUUACGCUAUGGAGAUCACCGCAUUGAAAACGCGACUGGACCAUAGCAUAUUUGUACGUAAUGAUCUGGAAAUAAAGCUACACGAGGCAUCUGAACACAUUGAUGAUCUGAAAGAGGAAUUUCACUUAACAUCUACCAAUUACGAGUCACAACUCAGAGCAAUGACCGAACAUUUGGCUAGUUUAAACGAGACGGUUGUGUUAGAGCGGCGGCAUAUAGACGAUCUUAACAGUCAAUUGAAAAUGAAAGCAGGUAAAAAGAAGUCUUCCAAGUGA